AUGGCCGGCUUCAUCCUCAAGAACUCUGCAAUUGCUUUCCUUGCCAUGAACUUGGCUUUCAUGGUUGCUGCUCAGGGCACACAAUUCAUCACUGGAGAAUGCACGAGCGAUGCUGAUUGCGCAUCUGGAUGCUGUGGCUUCAACACCGGAAAGUGCGCAGGUGCCAUUGUCGCCCAAGGACGCGAUGGAGGUUGUGGAUUCGGUGAUGAUGCGCCCAACGACACCGCGGCGAAGGCUCUUGGCUUUGGGGGAUCCUCUCCCGCCAACGGAGGAGGAGCAGCAGCCCCAGCUGGUGGAGCGGCAGCCCCUGCGACUUCAUCCGCAGCCCCAGCUGGUGGAAGCGGGAAGGCCCCUGGAACCCAAUUCAUCACCGGAGCAUGUGCCAGCGACGCUGAAUGCGCCUCUGGCUGCUGUGGCUUCAACACUGGCAAGUGCGCCGGUGCAAUUGUAGCUCAGGGCCGUGAUGGAGGCUGUGGAUUCGGUGAUGCUCAGCCCAACGACGACGCUGCUCAGGCGCUCCGAGGCCAGUAA